AUGGCUCUGUCUCCUGAAGAUCCGCAUUCUUACGCAAGACCAGAUCUUGCAUUUGUAACUGACAUUCACUUAGAAUUGAAAGUGAAUUUUCAAGAACAAAUUCUUAAGGGCAAAGCUGUAUUAACUAUAGAAAGGAAACCUUCAAUUUCCGAAAUAAUUUUAGAUAGUCAUAAACUUUUUAUAUGGAGUGUUAAGUCUUUACAUCCUGCCACUAAUUUAACAUAUGAAAUUGGACAUGAGAGCCGUUUUGGAAGUAAAUUUACCAUUAACUUACCAGAACCGAUUCAUGAAACUGAUACACGAUAUAAAAUUGAGAUUGAAUAUCAGACAAGUAAAAAUUCUCCUGCCUUGCAUUGGUUGACAUCUUACCAAACUGCCAAUCGUACGCAUCCUUUUAUUCAUCAGAUUUUUGUACCAUCGGGUUUCGUGGUUUUAAUGUCUGCGCUUUUAGAAAAUAUAUUGUCUUAUUCAACCAGAGAAAAUCUAUUCGAAUAUUUUCAAACAAUACAAGUACCCUCUUACGCGGUAGCUAUUGCGGUAGGUUCAUUAAAAAUAAUACAUAUUAGCGAAGAUAUUGCUGUUUUUACCGAACCUAAGUAUAUACAAGAAAUUGGAAAAUCGUUUUACAAAGUCGAACGCAUGAUACAGGUUGCCAAACAAUUGUGUGGUCCUUAUCGCUGGGGUAGAUUUGAUAUAUGCGUGCUACCACCAUGCAUCGGGGAAUUCCAAAUAGAAUGUCCUUGUGUGGCAUUUGUAUCUCCAUUUUUACUUAGUGGGGAUCUUUCUAUAAUUAGUCCAAUCGCUCGGAACAUUUCUCAGAGUUGGGCGGGACUUUUAGUUACGUGUGCAAAUUAUGAACAUAUGUGGUUGAAUGAAAGUUUCGCUAUAUUUAUUUAUAGAAAAAUUGUAUGCAUUCUCCUUGGCGAAGAAAUGAAGCUGUUUCUAGAGAUGAAAAGUCGGCAUAAGAUAAAAAGAAAAAUUUCAAUGUUAAGAAGCAUGGAACGAGUAAAGAAUCUGGUACCUACAUUGACAGAUAUGCUUCCUGAAAAUGAAACUAAAUAUGUGUUUUAUGAAAUAGGAUAUGCACUCCUAGAACAUAUACAAUCUGUAUUAGGAGGAUCAGAAAUAUUCGAGCCAUUUCUUAAAUCUUAUUUAGAUAAGUUUACGUUCAAGAGUAUAAAGACUGAUGAUUGGAAAAAGUAUCUAUAUGAAUAUUUCUCUGAUAAAACCGAGCUGUUGAAUAAUAUUGACUGGGACAUGUGGUUCUCGAAGAUAUCUAUACUUCAAGAUAUACUCAAUAAGACAUAUAACAUUGAAUUUGAAAAAAAAUGUUUUGACUUAGUAGACAAAUUUAUUAACUGGGAUGAAAAGUCAGAAAACUUGUUGCGGCUUGCUUUAUCCUCGGAUAUAACACAGCUUAAUGAUCUUCAGAAAACAAUAUUUUUAGCUAAACUUUAUGCAUCGCCUUCAGUUUUGUCGUCAGAAAAAUUAACUUACAUGUCGUAUCUGUAUCACUUCGACAAUCAUUGUUAUAAAAUACGGUAUGUUUGGAUACUUUUGGGCAUCAAAAGUCGAUGGAAUAAUUUGGACGUUAAUAGACUUUUGGAAUUUACUAUUGACUGCUGUACACCAAAAUUUAUUUGUGCUUUAUAUCAAGAUUUAUAUAAAUGGGAAGAAAUGCGCAACAUAGCAACACUG